UCACCUGAUUUACCUCCUUAUCUGCUUAUCGAUAAGAGCCACGAGAGAUUUGAUGCUAUCAAAGAUCAAUCUGUGGAUGCCGACUUUCUAUUCCACUACAUCAUCAUGGCGGAUGAGGUGCGAAAGCUGGUUGCGCAAUACUUUCAACUGGUUGACCCACCACAGCUAGACCUGCCGCCCGGGAAUGUUCUUUUACGCCCCGCUGUACAGGAAGCUCUGUACGAGCGCAUGUUCGACGACUCUCUCACCCCACUCCCACCAUCUGCCUAUCGAACACGGAUCCUCAAGCUUAUAAUAGCGCGAAUUGAAGAAUCUAUAACAGAUCCCGAAGAAGAUGAACUCAAUGACAACUUAAUGGAUGCCCUGGGCAUGCUUGUGGCUCAACCCAAGCCUAGUUCCCUAGAGCUGGCCCAGCAACUCUCCCACGUCAAAUACACUGCUCCAUUGCACCCCUCCUCCACGACUGACAGGGAGGUAAAUACCAUUGAAUCACGCGGUCUCAUCCUCUCUGGCGGUACAACUGGAAACCGCACAUGGGAAGCUGCUCUUCAUUUAGGCUCAUUCCUCGCCUCGCCUGCUGGCGAGGCACUCGUUCAUGGGAAACGUGUCAUUGAGCUCGGGGCGGGAACAGGUUUCUUGUCUCUCUUUUGUGCUCGGCAUCUUGGCGUACAAGGCGUUGUGUCUAGUGAUCGCGAGCCUGUUCUAAUCGAGAAUAUGCGCGAGUGUGUACGAUUUAAUCACCAAGGCAAAGAUUCAUUCUCCUUCUAUCCUGCCAUGUGGGACUGGGGUACACCGUUGGAGAAGACGGAGGAAUUGGGCUCUUUUGUGGAGGGAGAUGGCUUGAGGUUCGAUGUUGCGCUAGGCGCAGACCUGAUCUACGACACAGAUAUAAUACCCCUGCUUCUGUCGACUGUUCAUGAUCUCUUCGAGAACUACCACGUCAAGGAGUUUAUCAUCUCGGCGACUCUACGCAGCGAGAAAACAUUCCAGACAUUCCUGGAUGGAUGUGAAAACAAUGCGUUCAAAGUUGAAGCCCUCCCAUUCGAGUCUACGCCCACGGAAGAGCAAACUGGCUUCUUUCACUCGACAAGUAUUCCAAAUAAAACAUAUCGCAUCUCAAAGGUGGAGUGA